AUGGGGGUCGUCGGCUCAGGGACCCCUCGAUAUGGGCUGGGUCUGGUGAUGCUGCUUUUGUUGGGACAUGUCCAAUUCGAGGGACAUCCAGACGACUGGCUGCACCAGUUUGGUCGCAUGCCCACGGAUGACCCGCAGACGACCCCCACCGCGUCGCGCUGUGCCACACCUUGCAGCUCCGGCAACUACUGUGAUACCGACGGGCUCUGCUCCUCCUGCUUCACCUGCUUUUUUCAACACCUCAUCGAGCCCGAAGAACGCUGCUCCGACGUCUGCUACGAACCCUGCACACCCGAGGAAGUCCCCUUUUAUGGCUCAUUCUGCAAUACCGAAGUUGGCGCUUUCGAAAGUUGUUGGUCAUGUUUUGACCUCGGCGACGGCGUUGACUCCCCCGCCGGCUGUCUCGCCAACUGCCCCUUCUUCCACGCAAACAGCACAGGUCUUGGCGAAGGCUCAGCCUGCACCGCCUCCUCCCAAUGUGCAGGCAGUGAAACCGGCGACGCCUUUUGUGCCGAUUAUCAUUUUUGCACCUCCUGCUUCUCCUGCCUCGACAGCUUGACUGAUCCCGCCAAUGGAGCCACCUGCGCUGAAGUCUGCGCUUCUACUUGCAAUGACGAAGAACCAUGCGCCUACUCUCAUACAUUUGAAUGCGUUGAUAACUUUUGCGUCGACAUUCGCACCACCUCCACUUUGCCCCCCACCACCACCAUUGCCGCUCUCGGUACCACCCCCGCCGGCGACUGCCCAGCUAAUAGCCCCCGUUCCUUUUUUGCGCCCCUUAAUUCGUGCAUUCGCCAAAGUCAAGGAAGCAUUCAUCUCACGUGCAGCCAGGAUGGUACCACCAUCAACCUAGCCAGCUUUACGGACAACAACUGCUCCACCCUUGCUUCAGCCACCACCCAGUCAAUCGCCACUUGCGCCAAUGCUGCUCGUCCCGUGGCCUGUGUCGGUUGUGCCAGCGCAGACACACAAAGCCUGACGAGUGCCUGCAGCACGUUUGAGACUCAGACCUUUUUUUUGACGCUACACCUACACAAUGCCUCCACGAAAUAUGAUGCCUAUCUCGCUGCGAGUUUGGCUCGAGAAAUGGGUCACGUCAUUGAAGCCGCUCUCCAGCUUUCUGCCACGGCCAACGCCAGCGUCCUCUUUGACUUAAGCGCCCCCGUUGCCACCGCAGGCAAUUUGGUGUCUGUGCCCGUUACCCUUCGGAGCCAUGGCUUCUCUUCGGAUGUGGUGGAAAACGUGUCUCUAACACUGGAAGCUUCCAUUGCAGCAACUGUCUCGACCACUCAAGCGCCAACCACGAUUGGACAGAGCUAUACGCUAGCGCCGCUUCCUUCUGCCAGCUCAAGCCAACGCUCUAGCAACCGCCAACGCGCCGGCAUUAUCAUUGGCGUGUCGGCUGCCGUGAUUGUGGUGUUGGUUGUUCUUGGCGUUGCCUAUGUGAUGCGGCCAUCUCGCCACCCUGCCGUUCGCUUUCUGGUACUAACCGCAAUCGUUGUUCGCCUGCCCGCCUGCGUCCGCCUGCCUCGAUUAUAUCUCGGCGCGGUUGCCCCAUACAGCACUUCACCGGCGGAUCGGGAAUCACAGGAGCCUUUGAACAAGCGUCGGUCCUCGCUGGCGCCGAGCGCCGUCAGCCCCAAUCACGCCCUUGAUAUUGAACUUGACCUCGAUGAGAUCAUGGGUCGCUCUUCGUCGAAGAACCCCGUUCUGCGACAGGUUACGAUCGACACGGAAGAGUCUGAGGCAUAA